AUGUAGAAAUCUAGUACUUGACCUUUUUGUAUCCAGUCGACUGGAUAUACAAGAAACCGAAACUUAAAACCAGUUAUUUGCAUGUACAGUACAUUUACAAGCACUUAACAAUUACAGUCGGAUCUAAAGAUACAGCAUCAAGAUGUUGGACGUGCUAGUAGCUGGUGGUAUGGGCGCAGUGGUCAACUAUGCCCUGUUCUCUCACUGGUUCUCCUCUGGAGUUAUGCUGGCACUGGAUACUCUACUGAAGGAGCUGGGCCUGGUCAUUCAGAUGGGAUCUGGCAUCAACACUCUCUUCUCUGUCCUCUUCUGUCUCUUUGGAGGGACCUUGUUCAUGGUUGUGUGGCAAUUUAUGAAGGCCAGAAUGAUUAGAUUCUUACUUGCAACUAACAUCUGGUUCUUGCACCCCAAGCACCCUCUAAGCAAGGUGUGGUACAUGCUGAUGCUUGCACUUAUGGGUUCCAAGAACAGAGGAGCUGGCAAAUACCAAGAUUACCUUCCUUCACUGCCUGUCCCUCCACUCAAGGCUACUCUCAGAAAAUACCUGGACACUGUGAGACCACUGCUAACUGAAGAAGAGUACAAGCAGACCCAAACAGCUGUGCAGGAGUUUCAAAAUGGCGGUGUUGGCACAAAGCUGCAUCGAUGGCUCAGGCUAAGGUCCUGGUGGUUGCGUAACUGGAUGGCUGACUGGUGGCUGGACUUCAUUUAUCUUAGACAGAGAACACCCACUCCAUUGAAUUCCAACUACUUUGCCCUGGGUGCCCGACAUGUGAGCACACCCCACGGACUGGACAGGGCGGCUAUGCUCUUCUACAGCUGUGCAGAGUACAUACGUAAUGCCAGGCAGGGAAAAGUUGGGAACUUCAUGGGAGGGAAGAUGGCUCCGUUCUGUGCAGCCGGCAAUAAGUACCUGGGCAUGAGCUCUCGAAUACCUGGCAAAGAAAUAGACAAACUGGUCAGCUACAAAGAGGAGAACCCAACACAUUCCAUCGUCAUCAGGAAAGGCAAAUUCUACACUAUUGAGAUGUAUGCCAAGAAUGGACGCCCUUUCUCCCCCAAAGUGGUGAAGGCACAACUGAAGAGAGUCGUUGAACUAGCUGGAGAUGAAGAGGACCAGUCGUGUGUGGCUGCAUUCACUGCUCUCCCUCGGGCAAAAUGGGCGGAGGUACGCAAGAGACUAGAGGAAAAUCCAGUCAACAGCAAGAUACUUAAACUCAUUGACAGUGCACUCCUUGUCGGAGUUCUCCAGACAGACAAAAUGGAGAGCACAGAUUUGACAGCUGUGGGUCAGAUGACUUUUCAUGGCAAUGUGAAUAAUCGAUGGUUUGACAAGAGCUUUCAGUUGAUAGUGACUCCUAAUGGUGCAGUGGGGGCCAACGUGGAACAUGCACCUCUUGAUGCCACUGUGGGUGGGCAACUGUUCGAGUACAUUCUAGCAUCAGAGGUGUACGAUGAUCAAGGUCAUGUGAUGGACCUCCCCAAUGAGGACAAGAGAAUUGGACCCAUCUCUCCAACUGCGCUUGAGUGGGAGUUGGAUGGUUUCCAAGGUGAUCUGAAGGAAGCACGAGAUAAUCUUGAGGGGAUGAUUGCCGAAUCUGAUCUGCUCAUCCUUACUCCAAGUUACGGCAAAAGGAUUCCUAAGAAAUGUAGGCUCAGUCCUGAUGGAUGGUUUCAGAUGGCUAUGCAGAUAGCCUACUAUCGACUGCACCAAAAGUUUGUGCUCACGUAUGAGUCUGCCACUACCAGGCUGUACUAUGAGGGCAGGACUGAGACCAUUCGUCCAGUGUCUGAUGAGUCUGUCGCGUUUGUCAAGUCCUUUGAUGACCCCACUGUGUCCAGGGACAACGUCAAGAAGAUGCUGAAAAAGGCCAUCGGCGUCCAGAGUGGCUACAAGAUGGAGGCCAUGAGGGGACUGGGAGUGGACAGACAUCUGUUUGGGCUCUACGUUGUUGCCAAGGGCUUGAAGCUCGACCCAAUGCCCAAACUCUUCACUGAUAAGGCCUUUAAUCUCUCCUUCACCCUCUCCACCUCCCAAACGCCAGUGAGGUUUUCAGACAAGUGGAGGGCUGAUGCGUGUUCUUGUUGCGGAGGGUUUGGCACUGUCACAGAGCAAGGGUACGGAGUCUCCUACAUGGUCGUUACCGAGGACGAAGUCAACUUCAGUAUACACAGCAAGAGAAGUUGUCCUGAAACAGACUCUAGGAAGUUUGGAGAUGCUCUCCUGAAAGCAUUCGAAGAUAUGAAAGCUCUCUACUCAGAAGAGCUCAACGUAUAGUUCCCUACUAUUUUUUUCAUGGAGUUUUGUGUCUAUUUUUGUGCAGAACUAUCUUGUGUCGUUUUUCAUCCUCUGUUUAGAGAAUUUCGACCCCCUAUUUAUUAAAAAAUGCCUUUUUUUGUGCCAUCAUUUUUCCCCCAUCAUGCGAUAAUUAUAGUAGCUAUAAUUUUAUAUAUGCACCUCACCCUAUACACCACAUUAAACUUUUGCUGAAUUACACAUUAUUAUAAUUAUAGUCGAAAGCUGGCGAAUCUUCUUGUACACUAUGA